AAACGUAGUCGGUGGACGUCUUUGGUAACGUAGAAAUAUAAGGAAACCACUUCAACGGUGAUAGCGUGUUAAAGGAAAAUGCAAAUGAACGUAUUUUAAAAUUUUAAAAAAAUGUUGGGGGUGACAUUGACAGAUACGUACUAGCUUGAUGACGUCAAAACUGGCACUAAAUUAAGAUUUAUAAGAGUACAAAGUUGACCACCCUCCAAAAAUAUAUAGAUAUGUAUAUAUGACAUUAAUAAAGGUACUUAAACAUUAAAUGAACAUUUCUUAAUUUAUAUUUUCUUUUUUGACGAGUAGUAACCAAAGUUUGAAAGUCAAAGCGGCGUCUUCGUAACCAAAGCAAUGCCAACAAAAAAUUUAAUUUAGCGUUUUAAUAUGUUGAUCGUUUUAUAAUUUUAAGACGAAUAUAAAUCUUUAAGGCGAGAUUUUAUUAAACUCAACGAUGUUUACGGAAGCGGGUGUCCGGUCAAACUGUGACAACUUCCGGUUGAGCUAGCAAGCUUAGUGGCCGCUCGAGUUUAAGGAGAUUUUCAUGCCUUGAAUUGCUUUCCUGCGUUUUUAGCAGGUUGCUGUGAUGUCAUCAGAGUCGGCUCCCGCCACGCCCACCCCGGGAGACGCGUACAAGGGCUGGCUCUUCAAGUGGACCAACUACAUCAAAGGUUACCAGAGACGCUGGUUUGUCCUCAACAAUGGGAUGCUGUCGUAUUACAGGAACCAAGCCGAGAUGGGCCACACGUGCCGCGGCACCAUCAACCUGGCCAUGGCCAGCAUCACGGUGGAGGACUCGUGCAAUUUUGUCAUCUCCAACGGCGGCGCGCAGACGUACCACCUGAAGGCCAGCUCAGAGGUGGAGCGCCAACGUUGGAUCACCGCCUUGGAACUAGCCAUACCGUCAGGUGGGUCAAGAGUUUCUCCCACGUUUUCCUCCGGUUCUUUUACCGGCGACGCCCUCUCUCGUUCGUCCGCAGACGACUCUGCCGACGAGGCGUCGGAAACGGGGACCGCCUCGGGGCAGGACGGCGUCCGAGGAUUGGAGAUCCAGGCCACGCUGCGCACGCUCAGCAGCAAAGUGGAGGACCUUAACACGUGUAAUGAUCUCAUAGUCAAGCAAGGAUCAGCAUUGCAAAGAUCCUUGUCGGAACUGGAGGCCCUUCCGUCGGCGGCCGACGCCAGCGAGAAGAUCCGGCAAGUGACGGAGAGGGCCACGCUCUUCCGGAUCACCUCCGACGCCAUGAUCAAGGCCUGCCGCGACUUCCUGUCCAUGGCGCAGAACCACAGCAAGCGCUGGCAAAAGGCCUUGCAGCUGGAGCGGGCGCAGCGCAUCCGCUUGGAGGAGACGCUAGAACAGCUGGCCAAGCAGCACAACCACCUGGAGAGAGCUUUUAGGGGCGCGCCCGCCUCCUACGCCGACGCCCAGUUAUGCAACAAAGGCCUAAUUUCCGGCAAGGGCGACGCCAGCGACGAGGAUGACGACAGCGAGUUUUUCGACGCCAUGGAGGACCCCGCCGAGUUCAUCACCGUCCCCGCCGAGCCAGAGAGAUCCGGCAGCAUCGUAAGCGGGCUGAGCAACGAGACCGCCGCCACGGACGAGCUGUCGUCGGACGAGCUGUCCGUCGCGUCCGAGUCGCCGUCGGCUGUAGUGGGGCAGCGCCGGACGCGCAUCCCGGAGAAGCCCGACUACUACCUCAACCUGUGGAGCGUGAUGAAGAACUGCAUCGGCAAGGAGCUCUCCAAGAUCCCCAUGCCGGUCAACUUCAACGAACCGCUGUCCAUGCUGCAACGCCUGACUGAGGAUUUGGAGUACUACGAGCUGCUGGACAAGGCCGCCAAGUGCGGCGGCUCCCUAGAGCAGAUGUGCUACGUGGCCGCCUUCACCGUGUCGUCCUACUCCACCACCGUGCAUCGCACCGGGAAGCCCUUCAACCCGCUGCUCGGGGAGACCUUCGAGUUGGAUCGUUUGCGGGAGUGCGGCUACCGGUCACUUUGUGAACAGGUGAGCCACCACCCGCCGGCAGCGGCCCACCACGCCUUCUCGGAAAAAGGCUGGACGCUCCGACAAGAAAUCGUUUUAGCCAGCAAGUUUCGUGGGAAAUACUUGUCCAUCAUCCCUUUGGGUUCAAUCCAGUGUAUGUUCAACAAGAGCGGCAACCAUUACUCUUGGAAGAAAGUCACUACCACAGUGCACAAUAUUAUCGUGGGAAAAUUGUGGAUUGAUCAGUCGGGCGAGAUUGACGUGGUCAACCACAAGACGGGCGAUCGCUGCCAUCUCAAGUUUUCGCCCUAUAGUUAUUUCUCCAGAGACGUACAAAGAAAGGUGACGGGCGUGGUGACGGAUGCCGAGGGCAAGGCGCACUACGUGCUAUCGGGCACGUGGGACGACAAACUGGAGCUGUCCCGGAUCCUGCAGAGCAGCACCGGCGCCGAUGGCAACGAGGGCAAGCAGAGGACCGUGUACCGCACCCUCAAAGCCAAGGAGAUCUGGAGGAAGAACCCCUUGCCGGAGGGGGCGGAGAACAUGUACUUCUUCUCGGCGCUGGCGCUGACGCUCAACGAGGACGAGGAGGGCGUGGCGCCCACCGACAGCCGGCGACGCCCCGACCAGCGUCUGAUGGAGGAGGGCCAGUGGGAGGCCGCCAACGCCGAGAAGCAGAGGCUGGAGGAGAAGCAGCGGGCCGCUCGUAGAGAGCGCGAGCGGGACUCGGUCCGGCUCACCGACGCAGACGCCGCCGACCAAGAAGCCAAUCUUGAACUACAGCUGGCCGGAGCCGACACGGACGAGAUGGCGACGGAAGCCAGCGAGGGUUCAGACGAAACCCAAGAAACUCAAAGUUCUGCCGGAGCCACUAACAAAAGCGGCCAAGCCGACAGCAGCUACCAGGCGCUGUGGUUCCACAAGGCGCACGACCCCGUUUCGGGGGAGACGAUGCACGUCUACAAGGGAGGCUACUGGGAGACCAAAGACGGCGGCGACGGCUGGGACGUCUGCCCCGACAUCUUCUAACAAAGCAAUACCUUUCCAACAUCAAAUACCGUAUUUUCCGGACUAUAAGUUGCACUUUUUUCAUAGUUUGGCUGGACCGGCGACCCAUACUCAAGUGCGAUUUAUAUUUGUGUGUUUUUUUGGUUUUUUUUCCACUUUGUCCGCCGACAGCCUGUUAUGUUGGUUUUUAUGCUAUUUUAAUAUUGAGUUUUAGUGUGUUCUAGUUGAAUUAAAUUUGGGAUUUAUCCAUUCCUUUUUUUUUUGUUUUAGUAUCAUUCAGAUAAAUGUCCAAUUCACAUUGCUGUUUAGUGUGUUAUAAAUUGACACAUUGAAGUUUUUUUUUUUCAU